AUGGCAAUGAAGGUGUCAGCCCUUUGCAUCAUAUCUCUUCUCACGAUCAUCUCCUCUGAUCAAUCUCAUGCUAGCUUUCCUUCUUCACCCCUUGACUCGGACUCCAUUUGCGAAACCACCCCACAUGCAUAUUACUGCAAAUACAUUUUACCCUCUAACAAGUUGAACACGAUCUUCGACUAUGGAAACAUUUCAAUCCAUCAGUCUUUGUCAAAUGCUCGUAGUUUUCUUGCUUCUGUCAAACAUUUCCUAGCAUUCCCUUCCAAGUCGAUGUCCCAACGCACGAUACGAGCCCUCGAGGAUUGCCAGUUUUUAGCCGAUCAGAACGUAGAUUUCUUGUCACGAGUUUCGGAAAGAAUCAAUUCUAAGGACAGUUUAAACAGCUUCGUCGCUGAUGAUUUGCAUGCUUCACUUAGCGCUGCUUUAGUUAACGUAGAAACUUGUUUCCAAGGACUCGAAGCGACGCCAUUAGGACCAAGUAUCAAGGAUCGUUUAUUUCAGUCUAAUGGAACAAAGAGCAUCAGUGUUUCUCUAGCGGUUUUCAGGCAUUGGGAUCAUGGCUCCACCAUAUCAAGAAGAAACCUUUUUUUCCCCAAUUUGAUUCAUGAAAGAAACUCUCCUUUAUCUUUGCUAGUGUCAACCGAUAAGCAAGCAAUUUAUGAAUUUGCAACAGGAAAAAAUGAUAGUAAUACUUUAACGUAUGGGAAAAUUUCAGUGCCACAGGUGGUGGUGGUAAGUCCAAAAGGAGAUGGUCACUUCACAACCAUCAACGACGCCAUCGCCGCUGCACCGCACAAUGCUGGUGAAAGUGAUCAAUAUUUUGGAAUUUACGUGGUCUCUGGCGUCUACAAAGAGUACAUUUCGGUACCUAAGAAUAAGCAGAACUUGAUUUUGAUCGGCGAUGGUAUGGGUCGGACAAUAAUCACAGGAAGUCGCAGCGCUGCCGAUGGUUUCACCACGUUCAAUACAGCAACAUUCGCUGUUGCGGGCACGAAAUUCAUUGCAGUGGACAUAACAUUUCAAAACACUGCCGGGCCUAGCAAGGGCCAAGCUGUCGCAGUCCGAAAUGGAGCUGACAUGUCUGUAUUUUAUAGAUGCAGUUUCGAGGGAUACCAGGAUACCUUAUAUGCUCACUCUUACAGGCAAUUUUACAGAGAAUGUGAUAUUUACGGCACCGUCGAUUUCAUAUUCGGCAAUGCAGCCGUAGUCUUUGAAAACUGUAACAUAUAUCCUAGACUACCGUUGCCACAUCAACACAAUAUCAUCACUGCACAAGGAAGGACAGAUCCAAACCAAGAAACUGGCAUAUCGAUCGACAAUUGCGUAAUUAAAGCAGCUGACGAUUUAGCUUCGAGCAGGGGAGCAAAGAAAACAUAUCUUGGAAGGCCAUGGAAGAAGUAUUCAAGAACCGUAUACGUACAAAGUUUCAUGGAUAGUUUGAUUGAACCUGAGGGUUGGAUUGAAUGGAAAGGAGAUUUUGAUACUACUAUUUAUUAUGCAGAAUAUAGGAACAAUGGACCAGGAUCGAGUACUGAUUAUAGAGUGAAUUGGCCAGGAUACCAUAAGGAUAUAAAUAACACUGAAGCUGAUAAGUUCACUGUUUCCAACUUCAUUAACGGCGACAAAUGGUUGCCUGCAACUGGAGUUCCUUUCAAUAGGAGUUUCCAUUGA